CCAAUUUUUUCAUUGGAGAGUUUGUUACCUUCAAAUGUGACAUGAAUGAAGGAAAAGACACUGACUGGGAAUACAAAACCAACAAGGAUGGUCGAGAAUUAUUCCGCUACAGCACAAUCAAAGAGCACACAUUAGAAAUUAAAUAUUCAAGUCACAGUGGUGAAUAUCAGUGCUCUGGUCGCAUGAAGGGAUCAUAUUAUACAAAGAUCAGUAACACUGUCUCUAUAACUGUAUUAGCAUAUAGACCCAGGGCCACACUGACAGCAGGAACAACAAUCAUACCAGUAGGGGGCAGUGUGACACUGACCUGCUUUGUGCAGAGCUCUGAUGGAUGGAAAUAUGAGUGGUUCAGACGAACCCAAACAACCUUUGAAGUUCCAAUAAGAGGUCAACAAAACAGAGAUAUCAGAGUAUCUCAAGGAGGAAUCUACCGCUGCAGAGGAACAAGAGGAAACCCAGUUUACUACAGUGAUAGAAGUGAUGAUGUCACUGUUACGAUAACCUAUAAACCAAAGGCCAAACUGAGAGCUGAUAACACAGCUGUUCCAGUAGGGGGCAGUGUGACCCUGACCUGCUCUGUGAACCCAUCAUCAUCAUCUGGAUGGAAAUACUACUGGUACAGAGAUGGAAAUUACUCUGAAGCCCUGACCACACAAGAUGCAGUUUUCCACUCAAAUGGACAAAUCAGUGUCUCACAGGAAGGACUCUACAGGUGCAGAGGAGGAAGAGGAAACCCAGUUUACUACACAGAGUACAGCCAAGAAGUUCAGAUUAACAAAACCUUAACUGUGUCAGGAGCUGACAGCUCUUCGUCUCCUGUGUGGUUGAUGGUUGGACUGGUUUGUGGAGUCUCUCUCAUUAUUAUUCUCCUGCUCUUGUUGUAUCGCUGCAGACAGUCCAAGUGUUCCUGCUUCACCAGGUCGAUCCAGUCUGAGAGUCACAGUCCGGGCUCCUCCACAAAUCAUGGAGUCAACCAGAAUGAAACUCAUGUGUACGACUCUGUUCAUCCUGGUCAGCACUUAAACCGAUCUUAUACACAUCGAGGGCCGUUCAGAGUUUAGGGUCAGUGAGGAGAGCUGUAGCAGCAAAGCCAAGAAGAAGCUUUUUAU